UCCAACAGUGAAACAUGGCACCUGUCUAGCACUGCAAGGAUUGAAUCGCGUUUGACAGAAAAAGAGCAGAGGAUACAUCACGUUUACUGCUUAGUGUUUUCAACUAUACAAUGCAGAAAAUCAAGUCUUUGAUGGCCCGUCAGGGUCUGAAGAGUCCCCAGGAGAGUGUGGUUGACAUGAGCCCUGUGGAGAGCUUCAGGACCCCCAGCAAGGAGGAACUGAGGGAACUGAGAGAACAACCCACGGAUCCACAGGUGGAACAGGAAAUCAUUGAUAGCAUAGAGGAAGUGUACUUCUCCAGUGACUCCUUUGACACGGUGCAAUACGAGCUUGAGAAACUCCCACCGGAUUUGAACCUUCUGGAGCUUGAGGAGUACAGAGAUAAGCUGAAGAGACAACAAGCAGCCGUAUCUAAAAGAGUGGCAGACCUGAUUUUGGAGAAACAGCCUUCAUAUGUGAAGGUAAGCAGUCUGUCACAUCUGGGAAAAUUGGGGAAACAAUAUGAGAUUCACAGGAUUUAUGAUAUGUUUUUGCCCUCCCACAAAUUAAAGCCUUAA